CGUGUGAGCGACGCAGAGAGUCUUCAUAUACCGAAAGUAGUCCUUUUACAAUGGCUGGCCAGUGUCGCUUGAAACAGUGUCAGUAAAACAUUGGAUAAUAAAGAAAUAACUCUAGAAUUGUGAUCCUAAUUGGAAAAUACUUGUUUAAACUAUUUUUCUGCGAUAAUUCUUCAAACCGAUUACCAUUUUCUUUCCGCCGAGAUGAUGUACCUUUUGCAAACUCAAAAAACUUAUACAGCCAUAACAGUUACUGUGAUCGUCUUGCUACAAAUAAAUGUUUCCUGUGCUAUAAGGCAGUUUUACAUAGAUGAAAACCUUUUACCUGACCAUAUCGACAUUACGGAAACUAACGAAGACUUUACGGACUUAAACGACCAACGUUCGCCGAGUACCAAAACUUUAAAUCGUUCUGAAUUUUCAAACGAUGAUGGCGAAGAACUUCUUGCUUUAGCGGCUAAGGCCUACGGCUUAGAAAAGCAAGAUUUGUCAGCAACCAAACCAGAUCGUCAGGAUAAUUUUAAUUUUUACCGCCUGAAGGAGAAAAGAGAAUGGGAACAUCCGAAAAUCGACUUGUCAAAGCUCUUUAAGGAAGCAUUCAUUCAAAAUCAAGAAACUGAAUCUCCGAUAAUGUCCCGCCGUCGGUCGCAGCAGUUGUCCGUUUCCGGUCCACUGUCUUCACUCGCCAACAUGUUGGCAGCCGAAGGAAGACGUCGAAUGCAUGCGGAGUCCUUUCACAAUCGGAUGCGGCUCCUGGACCUCGGCAAACGAGGCGACGACCCUUUCUCAUCCGGAUCCUUCGAUAAUGACGCCAUUUCCAACCACGUUACAUCAGAGAACGAAGGCUUUGGAUUUAAAUAAGGUCUAUUCUGUUAAAGAUAUAAUGUUUUGUUUAAGAGUAUUUGAUACUUCAACAUUUUUUUAACAUCCAUAACUUAAAAAAUAGUGUUUGUUUUAUUGUUUAAAUCCGGCUCAAAUUAAUAUGGUGUUGUUUGUAUAACUUUGUGUUUCUUUCAUUGAUAAGAGAUAACUUUGUGGAGCAAAUCUGUUAUUUAUUUAACGACACUGUAUCUUUAUUUUGCAUAUUAACGCAUUUACUUCAUUUGAUGUGCCGACUACUAAUGGAUCUAAAGUCGUGUAACUCAAUCACAUUGCCUUUCUUCUUAUGUUCAUUUUCAGAAGAAAAGAACACAUUUAUAUGUAUCAUUGUUGAAGGCGUGCACAGUUUGCCCUUGAUUUUAUUUUUACUAAAAAAACAAAAACGAGUCAUAUAAUAUACUGCACAAAUUAAAUGUUAUUCUAAAGAUUAA